AUGCAGAGCAAUAUGCACAUGUUGUUUCGAUCGAUUUUACUUCUUGCAUUUUGGGCCACUGGGAUUUGUAUUCUGCUCAUACUUAGAUAUGCUCAGUCUAACAACAACCACACAGCCGGAGCUUCAGUUACUCAACCAACCAUGGCAGCCACUUCCCUCUCCGCCGCAACAACCAAGUCACUCCCUCACUCUCUCCUCCACACCUGGUCCUCUCCGUCUCUCCGAUUAGCUCAAACCCGGCCCAGAACCAAACCCCUUGUCUCAGUUGUCUGGGCCUCCGCCGGCACGGCCCUCGAGGUCGACCAAUCCCCAGCCGCCGCCGCCGCCAAGACCCUGCCUUUCCGGGUCGGGCACGGGUUUGACCUGCACCGGUUGGAGCCCGGCUACCCUCUGAUCAUCGGCGGCAUCGACAUCCCUCACGAUCGAGGCUGCGAGGCUCACUCUGAUGGGGAUGUGUUGCUUCAUUGUGUAGUGGAUGCUAUACUGGGCGCAUUGGGCCUCCCGGAUAUUGGCCAGAUAUUUCCAGAUUCGGAUCCCAAAUGGCGCGGUGCGAAUUCCUCUGUUUUCAUCAAAGAAGCUGUGAAAUUGAUGCAUGAGGCGGGUUAUGAGAUUGGCAAUUUAGACGCUACCUUGAUUCUUCAAAGACCGAAAUUAAGCCCACACAAGGAGGUUAUGAGGGCCAACUUGGCUAAGCUGCUCGGUGCAGACCCAUCUGUUGUGAAUCUGAAAGCCAAGACUCAUGAGAAGGUUGACAGCCUAGGAGAAAAUCGAAGCAUUGCAGCUCACACAGUAGUUCUUCUUAUGAGGAAAUAGAAAGGGCCAACUCCAGUUAUCUUUUGUUACAUUUGUAACUUAUCACAGCUAUUUUUAUUGCUGCUUGGUAUAGGUAACCAUUUUGCUUACUCAUGGCAUUUGGUUGGAACUAAAUACAUGUAAAGACGGUAAAACUUGUAUUCUUUCUCCUAAAGUUUUCGGAGAGAAAAUUCAUAUAAAUGACAGUAUUAUUGGGACAA